GCCGGACAGAGCAGGUUCUUCUCCUUCGAAGGCAUCAUAGGGGCAGGCAAGAGUACUCUAUUGCGGAAGCUUCAAGAGAACGGGGUAGUUGUGAUACCUGAGCCUCUCCAAGCGUGGCAGGACAACGGAAUCUUUGAGGCCUUCUACAAGGACAUGUCGAGAUGGAGCUUCACCUUCCAGAUUGCUGCGUUCACGACACGUGUGAAGUCGGUUGAGGAGGCCAUCUCCUCGACCUCCUCGUCCUCCUCGCCUUGGAUGGUGGGAGAGCGAUCAUGGUUUGCAGACUCGUAUGUCUUCGAGCCGCUCCUGCACAGGGACGGACAUCUCAACAACAUGGAGCACGACAGCUACAAGCUGUGGUGGCAGUGGGCAGAGCAACGAGCCCCCCGGACCUCGGGUAUCAUAUACCUUCGAGCAUCACCGCGCACGUGCCUUAAGAGAAUCCAGAAGCGUUCAAGGGCCGAGGAGGCGGACAUUCCACUGGGGUACCUGGAGGGGCUCUUUGAGAAGCACGAAGACUGGCUCAUGCACAGGAAGACGCCGUACGGGAGGCACGACAUUCCAGUCCUCGUGUUGAAUGCCGACGUCGAGUUCGAGUCCAAC